AGCGGUGCUUGGCAGGCACAAACGCAACUGCUUCGAAAUGCUCAACCGCAUCUUGCAGGCUGUCUGGCCUGACUUCGAUCUCUCUCCCUGAGUCGGAUUCGGAUGACAUGGCUGGAUAGUGGAUACUAUGAAGCUCAACUGGGAUGCUAUUACGCACGGUAAUCCCUCCUUUCUUAAAGGGCCCUGCGCGAAGGAAGUUGUUGUACUGGCUUCUAGACUAGUAAACGGUUGCGCACUAUCAGACUCAUCACGCGCGAACCAGCCCAACCACGUCGCGCACAGUGAAAUGAGUGCUAGGUUCGAUGUCGCGGGAACGAUGAGGGGCCUGCACAGAGUAGAUUUCAGAUCUAGUGUUUUCACCGUUGCGAUAUCCACUGCCUGCUUGGGCAAGCAAUGGUAGUGAAUGAUAGCAAUGUUGUC